AUGAGUUUUGUGAAUAAAGUAGUUUUGGUGACGGGAGCAAGUUCUGGAAUUGGAGCGGUUACAGCUAUCGCAUUCGCUAAAGAAGGAGCUAGCGUUGCAAUAAUAGGUAGAAAGGAGGACAAACUAAAGGAAGUUGCAGAAAAAUGCGAAGAUGUUGGACCGAAAGCUCUCAUAAUAAAGGCAGAUAUCAGCGUUGACGAUGAUGCGAAACGCGUGGUAGAAGACGUUAUUAAAAACUUUGGCAAACUUGAUGUACUUGUUAACAACGCAGGGCUGACUUGCUUCGGCAGUAUCUUGGAAGGGAACCUUUUAAAUGCAUACGAUGAUACUAUGAAGGUAAAUGUACGUGCUCAUAUAAACGUUACAGCAUUGGCAGCACCACAUUUAGUGAAAACUAAGGGAAAUAUUGUUAAUGUUUCGAGUAUAGCUGCGCAUUCGAUUCCGGAACAUGCAUCGAUGAUUCCAUAUUACGUGUCCAAAGCAGCGAUGCAUCAUUUUACAAAAUGCGCUGCUUUGGAACUGAGUAGGCGAGGUGUCCGAGUGAAUAGUGUGAGCCCAGGACCUGUUAAGACAGAUUUCUUGGUGAACGCUGGUGUCACGCAUAUAAAACUAGAAGAUAUGUCUGAUUCAACACCUCUUCAGAGAGUUUCAGAAUCGAGUGAAGUUGCGGAUGUUAUACUCUUCUUAGCCAGCAAUAAAGCAGUAGGAGUCACAGGCUCAGACUAUGUUGUUGAUAAUGGUUUUCUCGUGAAGGCAUAA